AUCAUCCUCAUCCUUCACGUUCUUCUUGCUUUAUUGGUUCGCUUCCCAAAGAAAUAAAAAGAUAGAGAAAAGGGGAAGAAAAAGAGCAUUUUUCCCCAGGUUCUUCUUUUCUUCCUUUCUUUUAGCUUUACAAUUACAAACCUUUUUUAUUUUCUAAACUGAUUUGUGGGUUUCUUACUGUCUAGUCUAUACUUUCAAAAAAGCUGUCUUUUUUACUUCACUUUUUCUGGGUUUUCUAUAAAACAUAUGGUUUCUUACUCCUAUGAGCUAGAUUAUGAGAACAGAACAAUCUAUGGCUGCUGCACUUGCUAAAGAUCCAGCUAUUAAGCUCUUUGGAAGGACUAUUUCCUUGCCUGAUUCCCAUUUUUCUGAUGACUCUGAUUUUUUGGAUAACGGCUCCAGCUUGAUUGCAAAACCAGAAACCGAAGAAUAUAGAAAUGGGAAUUCUUCGAUAAUAGAUGAAGUAGUUUCUUUUGGACCGUGCAAGGGUGAUCAAACACAAAGCUCCACAAAACAGCCGAUUACUUCCGUAGAAACUACGAAACCGAAGAGUCAGCAGGAAGAGUCAGAUGGUACGACAGAGCAGAAACAAAUGAGAAGGCCCGACAAAAUCCUUCCGUGUCCCAGAUGCAACAGUUCAGAUACGAAAUUCUGCUACUUCAAUAACUACAAUGUCAACCAACCUAGACACUUUUGCAAGAGCUGCCAGCGGUAUUGGACCGCUGGAGGUACCGUUAGAAAUGUUCCCGUUGGUGCAGGGAGACGGAGAAACAAACACUUGGCUUCUCAAUAUCGUCAAGUAAUGGCGUCCUCUGAUGGGGGGCCCACGAUGGUGGCUGAGGCAGCCGAUACGGACAGUCAACUAUUUUCAUGUGAAGAUUCUUCUCGGUCUUGCACGGCUUCAAGUCCGAAUGAAAUGGUUCUGAAAUUUGGCCCCGAUUCCCCUCAUUGCGUUGAUUCGACUCCAAACUUAUCGAGCAAUAAAGAGACUAAUUCAUGCUCAAAGAUCGAUCAUUGCAAUUCUAGUGCCUCGCUACAGCAUAUGUAUCAGUACAUUGUUCCUCCACAGAUAAUUCCACCCGGGUCCCAUUCAACAGGUUCCUUGUCCUCGGCAGUUCCUGGAUUGGCGGCACCAAAUGUAUCGUAUCAAAUCGUUCCUGCUGCCUAUAUGAAUUGCAUUCCUGUUUGGGUUGCUGGUUCCGGAAAUAUUUCACUUGCUCUAUCAAGUACGUGCGUCUCUCCAUCAUUCCUAAGUAGUAGUACUCGGUUGCAAGUUCUCGGGAAGCAUUCUAGAGACGUCAAUCCUCCAAGCGACACGGGGAGAACCGAAGAGGGUAUUUCAGCUCCGAAAUCACCAAGAAUUCACGAACUUAACGACACAUGAUAAGUCACUCCAUCUAUGGCGAUCAAUUGUUUGACCUUACAGGACACCGACGGCUCCAAGGCUGAACUUCGAUCGUGUUCGACGACAUCUUGCCUUAAGGUUUUGGAGCAUGCAGAUGGACAAAUGUGGGAAAUAUUCAUGGGUAUUGAACCUUUUCUUUUCUUAAUGCUAUGGAAAAGACAUUCCAACUGAAGUGAUAGGGAUCAACAUCCAUGUGACAUAGUUAGAUAAGCAACUUAGAGGUCAUAAUCCCUUUUUGUCCUACAAAGUAGGGUAGUCUGUCAGUGACUUGCACUAAUAAUAUUCCAUGGCGAGGUCUCAAUCUCAUUGAUUAUGAAUAUCCUCCCUUUUCUGGUUAAGGUAUAUAAAUAUUCUGUGAAUGUCAACUUGUAGUUGUAGUACUUCUUUUUCAUACUAUUUCUGGACUUCAAACUUUAGUAACUGUUGACAAAAGUGAUUGUAACAUGAAAUUUAUUAUUUUUUGCGGGGGAAUUUUCUGAUAAAA